UUGCAGGAUUUGCCCAGCUUCUUCCUCAUUCACCGCGCUGCCCUGUGCUGUUUUAGCGGCGGUGGCUCUGGAGGUUCACACCCCGCUAAGUGAAGCGCUCAGCCCGGGCCUGGAGACUGUGUGGCCCCGCGUCGCCUAUCGUCGCUGGUUGGCCGUGGAGGGUGCACACCGGGGGUUUGGGUGGAGUUGUAGCGCGAUCUGAGGAAUGUGACGCACCGACGGCAAAGAGACGCACGUCGGCGGAUUCAGCAGGGAGAGCGAUACAAAGAGAGGAGACAAGUUCUGCAGCAAAGUUGGGAGGUUAAAAUUCCUUCUACUUUACCUCGCCUCACCCUAGCCCUGACCUUUGACCCCUCACCUCUCUCCAACCAUGCCAAACCGCUCACAGAGUUCAUCGAUUGGUGAUAACCCCCUCGACCCCAACUACCUGCCCCCACAUUACCGGGAGGAGUACCGUCUAGCUAUUGAUGCUCUGAUAGAAAAUGACAUCCAGGGCUACAAUGAGUUCCUCCAGACUGCAGAGGUGGUUGGUUUCCUGGCACAGCCAGAAAUUGAGUUCAUCAAGUCCACUAUUCAGAUACCCAACCCGACCUCCAGCUUCCCAGAGCUGACGUAUCAUGAGGCAGGUCAGGAGGCUGAUGGCUCCUCAGACACCUACUGGCCGAUACAGUCUGACCUGGCAGCACCAGGACUGGACCUGGGCUGGCCGCUGCCACAGCAAAGCUUCAUGGGGCCCACAGAGGUCACCACACUAGUCAACCCCUCUGACCCAGACAUGCCAAGCAUCAAGGAGCAGGCCAGGAGACUCAUCAAGAAUGCACGCCAAGUUAUUGCCUUGGUGAUGGAUACGUUCACAGAUGUUGACAUUUUUGCGGACCUCUUGGAUGCAGCAGCACGCCAUGUUCCUGUUUACAUUCUACUGGAUGAGCAAGAAGCCCAUCACUUUGUCUCUAUGGUCUUUAACUGCAAAGUCAAUUUGGACCUACAUCCUAUGGUGCGUGUAAGGACUGUGGCAGGAAUAACCUAUUAUUCCCGGACAGGGAAGUCAUUUAAGGGGCAAGUGAAAGAUCGUUUCUUACUGGCUGAUUGCAGAGCUGUACUCAGUGGCAACUACAGUUUUAUGUGGUCCUAUGAGAAGAUCCACCGCUGCAUCGCCCACCUCUUCCUUGGGGAGUUGGUUGCCACCUUUGAUGAAGAGUUUCGCAUUCUCUUUGCUCAGUCAGAACCUCUAGUCAUUGACGCAACAGAUGGAGCACUUGCUCUCCCUGACACCAGCACUUUUUUGGGCAAACAGUUUGGUUUGAAGAGGACACAAUCUUUGCGUAACCCCGUAAGUUACCGAAGACAGACUGAGCUUCCCUCUGCCUUCCCCUAUGGAGACUCUGAUCGUAACCUUGGACUUCCUUUCCGGAGGAACGAUCUAUUUCGUCACACCAUUGAACCUGGGGCAGGAAUAAUGAUUGGAAAGUAUUCCCAGCAGCAGUUUCGUUUGCAGCAGUCUUUCAUGGAGCAGGGAAGGUCCAUAGUGUCCAGACAAAUGGAGUUGAGUUCCACUGCUUUCAAGAGGCACAGCUAUGCAGAGGGAACCCAGGAAAACUACACAUCUUCCAGGCAAUACAUGAAGCACAGAGUCAUGAAUAAUCUGGAUGAGACAGACUUCCACAGGGAGCACACACAAAGUAGCCAUUACUUAACCGAGGGGCCUGGGCCAGGUUCAGGUCACGGACACUACGACAGGCUUCGAGGUCGUCGCCCACAACUCUCAAUCGACCAGUACUCAGAUUCAAGUUUUCGCUCAGAUCUGGAGGCUCCACAUGGAAACUAUGGCCGAGACUACUUUUCAUCUGAGGACUUGAGAGCACCUGAGGGGCACCAUGCACCUCCAUUAGCUGGGAGGUACGGAGGAGGUUCGGCCAAUAAAAGGCCAACCAUAGGUCAGGCGUAUGCCUGCCAGAGCUCACCCACGCAGCCCCACCCACCAGAGAAGAAACCGUUUGGCAAACAAUCUCAUCACGACCAGGAGGAAGAUGAUGAUGUAAGGCAAGGCCUGAGGAGCUGGAGAAUCCACUCUUAUCUUAGCACUUAUGAGGAUGGUGCAGAAGAAGGUCUGAGUCAGCCUAUGGGGCCUGAUGCAUUUGAAGAUCCUCCAUCAUCUCAGCAGCCAGCUGCCAAUGAAAAUUCAGCUCCUCGCUUUGGAACGAAGGAGACACUGAAUGUUCCCCCCAAACCAAGACCUGAUAUCUUGAGACCACGCUAUGGAAAGCCCACCUUACCUGAGAGCAACAGUAAAGACUCUGCCCCAACAACAGCAACCAAGGAUCUGCGUCCCUCAGUCAGUGACUUAAAGUCAUUUACACUUGACAAGAAAGGGAGAGACGCUGAGAAGGAAAGGGAGCAAGAAACAGAGAGGGGUGCAGCAAGAGAAGUGGGUGUGGAUGUGGAGGUGAAAGAGACUUCAGAUCUUUUCCUGUCCAAACAUGAAUCAUUCCGCACACGUGUUAACCCACUCCUUCAACGUAGCUCUCGUCUGCGUUCCUCACUCAUAUUCUCAUCUUCCAAGGCAGAGAUCCACAGUGGUAGCCUCGGCCUAAAACCAGCCACUGAGAUAGAUGAGGAGUUAGACUCAGUACGUUCUUCCUCAAUUGUGGCCCAGAUCCUAGAGAAGAGGAGGUCAUUGACUCGUGAGCCUUUUGAGUGGAGAAAGAAGGCUGAGGAAAAAGAUAAGGAGAAAGAAAAAGAAGUGGAGUUAGAAAGGGAGAAGGAUAAAGAAAAGGAGGCGAGAGAAAGGGCAGAGAAAGAAAGGACAGAGAAAGAAAGAGAGGAGAAAGAAAGGGCAGAAAAAGAAAGGAAGGAGAGAGAAAAAGAGAAAGCUCGACAGCAAGAGGAAAAUGAGAUUCGUUUGAAGAAUGAGACUAAAGCAAAAGUGGAACCUGAGAAACCCUACAAAGAAGUGAGGAUGACACCAAAUGUUGAGAAAUCUGAAGCCACAACAUCAUUGAACAUGAAUGACCCAGCCAGUCGACUGCAAUAUUUCAAAGACCUGGCUGCCAAGAGAAAAGCCUCAAAAAUGGAGACAGAGUCAGCGCUAAAAGUCCCAGAGCCUGCUGAAAAAAAGCCAGAUCUUUCUGAAAAGCCUCCCCUGAGGACUACAGUUACUCCAAAGAUCCCAACUGUAUCUGUUACCUCAGCAGAAGUUGAACCAAAGAAGUCAGACAUAUCUGCAAAACUGGCGGAGCUCAGUCGUAGAUCUUCAUUUAGUUCAUCGAAACCACCCAUGGUUGCAACCAGGCCUGUUGCGAGCCACCUGAAGCCUUCGGAGACAACUCAAUCGCAGAAAGAGGAAAAUGCAUCAGAGGGUCAAAAGAGGGAUAUAUUCAAGUCUCUAAAACCCCUUCCUUCACCUAAGAUUUUCAAGAAGGAUCCGCUGAAACUCAAAGGACUAAAUCCACGUCGCAUCUCCUGUGGUGAAGAGAUUCUGACCACAGAUGCCACAGAUGCAGAGAAGAGUGAAUUGAAAAAGAGUCGCUCUCAUAGUUCUUCAACUCUGCCACGUGAUGAGUCCAAGGAAGGACUGCAAAGAGUUACGGGAUCUAAUACAUCCAUCAACACACUUGGAGAGGGAAAGGGUGAGGGUAAGACACUCGACUUCUUGAAGAAGCAGACUCAGAGGCUAAAGGGAUUCCUGGGACCCAAGGAUAAAGAAAAGAAAUCAUCAGGAGAUGAAAAGAGCAUGAGCACGGUCAGAGAGAUCACAGAAGACUCAAGCAAAAAACAAAGUUCAUUAGCUAAAGAUAAGGGAUCUACCUCUACUGACCAAACUACAGCUAAUCACAAGACAUCAACCGUCUCAUCAGGCCCAUCUCGAUACCAGGCCCCAGGCAGCUCUGUUCUUUUCAGCAGCAACCUACGAGAUGACACCAAAGUCAUUCUAGAGCAGAUCUCGGCCAACAGCCAGAAGAAUCGACAGGAGCGAGAAGAAACAGGAGGGGACAGAGAUAGUGACGGUGGGGAGAAGGGGCUGGAGAGACAAAACUCCUUAAAAAAGAGUCGAUUUCUGCGACCGCCGGGCAACAUCCAGGAGCGUGAGGGAUUGCUGAAGAGGAUAGAGAGUUUGAGGAAGGAGAAGAAGGUCUACAGCCGCUUUGAGGUAGUCUAUCACUGUAAGGAAGAUAUUUGCAGCGUGGAUGGGAAAGAGAUAUAAAAAAAAAAAAGCAACACUAGGUGUAAAUAACUAAAGUAGUAAAGACAUACAUUAGUGGAAUCAGGGGUUCAGAUCAUGUUACAAGAGGCCAGCUGUUUAAAAUGUGAUGUAUGAAAAAUCAGAUGCAGCAGUAUACCAUGUAAAUAGUAUGCUUUAAAAUUCUAAAAGUAAAAUGUGAAAGAGAUUUUUUAACAGUUUAUUAAGCAAGUUUAGAAAUGGAAAGUCGUUUAAAUGUACAUAAACAAUCAUGUGUUCCGGUUUUUAAAUGACAUUUUUGUACUUGUUCUACAUAAUUAUGUUUUUUGUAUAACUGAAACUAUUUUUUUGUCAAAACAAAAGUAUAUGUCUGCUUUUAAAAUGUGGACAAGUUGACAUUCAUUACUUCAUAUACUAGAAGCCGAGGACAAGUUUAGAAUUUUUUAUCGAUUAUUAUUUUACUGGAAAUACUACUGAAUUCAUUAAAUUUUACCUUUACUGGUGUACUGAUUAAAUUUAGGUGUCUCUAAGAUAAGCAGAACAUACGUGAGUCCCUUAUAAUAACAGUAGAAAGGAGAAGGAGGGAGAGACAGAGUAAAAUGGGUGGGAGUUCAUACACUGUUGCAUUCACUGUUAUCCCUGUUGU